AAAGCAUUUUUUGUUUACUUGUGACGGAUCUGUCUACGCAAAGAUCGUCACAUCUACUGGCCUGUCCAGGGAAUAAUUGUCCUCACCCACUGAAGCGACAGACGCGGGGUUCUUCACUGUCCACGAUUCUAUAGAACACACACAAGGUGACGCGGCACUGAAAGAUCCCCGUAUCCAGGGAAGCGUGACCUUGUCGCGUUCCAUCUUCCCUAGUCUUAGAUCGAUCGCGUGUCGAUGCCCUGUCACGUCCUCGGACAGACCCAGUGGAAAUGUCUAGCAGUAAACAGAAUUUGACCGCUUCAUCACUAACUAUUUCGGACCAAGAUGUCCAUUUAGGCAUAAAAGAUCCAAAGAAGGGCUCUGGUUCCCAGCGUCUGUAUUGUCUAUUGGUUCUGGCCCUUGCCGCCAUUAUUGCAGUGUCGGUGGCGCUGGCUGUCGUCGUCAUCCAGAGAGAAAAAGAUGACGACACUCCAUCUGUAAAAUCUAAAACCGGAGCCAACAAACAGAAUCCGGAUACCACAAAUCCAGACAUAAUAACCAUAAGAAGAGAAGUGUGUAACUCACCUGAAUGUGUACGAGCAGCUUCAAGUUUACUUGACGCUAUAGACACCUCGGUAGAUCCAUGUGACGAUUUCUUUCAGUAUGCAUGCGGGUUAUACCGGAAGAAACAGGUGAUUCCGGAAGAUAAAUCUAUCACCGGCGUGUUUUACCAAGUAGACGAUUCCGUUGACAUCAUACUUAAAUAUUUACUGGAGAAAGAUAACGGUGAAAAUGACAUAGAAGCGGUACAGAAGGCCAAGACAUUGUACAGGUCGUGUGUAGACCUAGAGGCUUUAGAGAAAGACAAUUUAACAUCAGCCCGGAGGUUAAUAGAAGACCUUGGUGGUUGGCCGGUGACGGAUGAGAACUGGAAUGAAAGCACGUUUAAUCUGACCAAUCUUUUGACGACAAUGAGGCUGUACACAAAUAGUCCGCCCCUUAUGGACAUGUACGUUUAUGAUGACUCCAAAAAUCCAACAAAGAAUAUCUUAUACGUUGACCAGCCUGCCUUGGGACUUCCAGAUAGGGACUAUUUCCUGAAGGGCAGAAAUGACCGUAAACUAAAGGCGUAUGAAAUCUAUGCCACAAAAAUGGCCGUUAUCUUUGGCGCUGAUCCUGCAACAGCAGCAGACGACAUGGCAGAGAUGGUGGACUUUGAGAUAGACGUAGCAAAUGCUACAAUGCCUUCCGAUGAAAGGAGAGAUGACGAGAAACUCUACCAUAAAAUGAUGAUUUCAGAACUCCAAACAAAGUAUCCCAAUUUUGAGUGGUUACAAUAUUUCAAAGCCACGCUAGGGAGGAAGGAUUUGAAUAUUACAGUACAAUCAUCUACUCCUGUUAUCAACAGAAACCCAGAUUAUAUGACCAAAAUUGUGAAUACACUUGUCAGUAAAGAUAAAAGGAUGCUACAGAAUUACGUCGUUUGGCGUGCUCUGAUAUUGAUGAUUGGUGCAAUGCCUAAAAGUGUUCGAGAAAUAUAUGGUGAUUACAGAGAGACGUUGACGGGGUCUGCAGUACAGCCCCCUCGCUGGAAGACCUGUGUAGGCGUGGCCAAUAGUAUAGUGGGGUUAGCUGUGGGGAAACCUUUCCUGGAGGAAACGUUCGACAGCAAGGCCAAGUCCAAGGCAGAUGAGAUGAUAGAGAACCUGAGAUCAGCCAUGAAAGAUUUGUUAAAACAAAACGAAUGGAUGGAUGCAGAGACUAAAACCAAAGCCAGAGAAAAGGCAGACCAAAUACAGCCAAGGAUAGGUUACCCACCGGAAGUGAAAAAUGACACAUUCCUGAAUGAAAGAUAUAAAGACUACAAAUUCAAUUUGGACAACUACUUUACAAACGCCCUAAACUACCUGAAGCUGGGAACCAAAGAAAAUCUUGAGAUUCUCCCCAAACCUGUGGAUAGGAAAAAAUGGGAAACUCCCCCCGCAACUGUUAACGCUUAUUACAAUCCAGCAAGAAACCAAAUCAUGUUUCCAGCAGGAAUUUUACAGCCACCAUUCUACAAAAGUGGUUACCCCCAAUACCUUAAUUAUGGAGGGAUUGGUUAUGUCAUAGGUCACGAGAUCACCCAUGGUUUUGACGACAGUGGGCGACAGUAUGAUGGGGCCGGGAAUCUGAAGCAGUGGUGGACCAACACGUCCAUCAAUAAUUUUAAAUCGAGGGCUGACUGUAUGACAGACCAGUACAGCGGAUAUACUGUGGAGGAAGCCCACAAAAAUUUAAAUGGUAAACUUACUCUCGGUGAAAAUAUUGCUGACAAUGGUGGACUGAAGGAGAGCUGGCUGGCAUAUCAGAAAUGGCUGAAGAAGGCUAGAGAUGGAAAACCAGAGCCGUACCUUCCAGGAUUAGAGUACACUCCGAAACAACUUUUCUUUUUAAAUGCUGCUCAUGUUUGGUGUGGCUUAGUACGACCAGAAGAGGCUUUAAGGCGAAUUCUGGUUGAUCCCCACGGAAACUUUAAAUCAAGAGUUGUGGGCCCUUUACAAAACAAUGUGGAGUUUAGUGAAGCCUUUAAUUGUAAAGCUGGAAGUUUCAUGAAUCCAAGAAAAAAAUGUAUCGUGUGGUGAACUGAGUUCUUCCUGUAGUUAGAUAAGAAUUCCAGACAAAAUAUAUGUCCAUCAAAACUUUGUCUUUCUUUGAUUAUUGUUUUAGAAUAAUCUACAUAGAUGUUCAAUUAAAUUUAACGUUUGUUAUUUUCUGUUGCUCAUUUAAUGACCUACUUUUAUAAUUAUAUUUUUAUACCAAUCAUAUCUUUUAUAUCAUUUACAUAAUGUGUACAUUACAUGUUUCUUAUACUGGUAAUAAACAGAUUUCUAAAUAAAGGAAUAAAGAAU